CUCAGCUCACCCAGCGCACCAGCGGGUCAGUCCGGCUGCAGCACCGGCUCGCUAGGACCACACCGACCAACCAACCAACCAGCCCACCAUACAUUACUAAUGGACACAUAAUUAAACUGGAGUCUCCUGUUCUUCCUGUCGCAGUUUCCUGUGAAAUCAGAACCAGUGCAGCAGCCGACCAGGGUGGUAGCAGCCAGGCCUUGCCCAAAAGAGGCGCACUAACGGGGGUAACGGAGGAGAUGAAGGAUUAGAGGAUAAUCCAGGAUGGUUCCGUGGUGCGACCGCAGAACCGUUUGCAGCUGGACUCGGACCUAUUUCUGAGCUGAUGUCGACAACGCCAAAGCCCAAGGCAAGCGGGGGAAACCAGGCAACCUGACCGCACUCCAACUGGCCCGGCUGCUUCCAGGAACACAACUGCACAGUGUUCUCCUCAGUUUAUAGCCGUUUAAUUCAGCCAGCUAUGCAUAACAACGAGCUACAAAGAGUGGGACAGAGUUUGGCCCGCAUAUGAUAAACAGAGAUAAUAGUCCAGUGAUCUAUUUGGCAUCGCAGGCCUGGAGUUGAGCUUUUCAGAAAUUACACGGUUUCAUCUUGGAAUAACCUCUCUUUGGGUUUAGAGUUUUGGACUGAUGAACUGUCAAUGAUCUGGGCAUUAAUCUAAGAGGAGAAAAAGUUUUGCCAUUCGGUGGGAUUGAAGGCAAUUCCAGAUAUUGUUCAAGGUUGAUUUUCAAGAAGCCACUCACCUCUUUUGAACAUGAAUCUUCAGGAGAAGCUGUCAGGCCUAAAAGGUCUGGUCUCACACUCCCACAGCAAGCGGCGCUUUAAAGGCGACCUCACGUUGGACAUGAUCAGCCCUCCUCUGGGCGACUUCCGCCACACCAUGCACGUGGGCCGCGGCGGCGACGUGUUCGGGGACACCUCUUUCCUCAGCAACCACGGCGGCACCGCCAAUGGGAACAACGGGGAGACGGAUUCCAUCUCCUCCCCCGACAACAAGAUCGGAGCGUUCUUCUCCAGGACGCUCCGUCAAAUCCGGAGGGGCUCCGACAACCGACCCCCGGCAGGACCCAAGGACCUGUCGCCGCCGCCUCCCGUCGUUUCUCCCAUCGUCAAGAACGCCAUCUCCCUCCCCAGGCUGGAUGUGGAUUUGCCAAACGGGAGUCCCACCGCCAAAGUGCUUUUCCCCAGCUCUCAAAGCACGCCAGAGGAGAAGAAAAGCUCUUAUGGUCUGGAGUCUGGUUUCGUCACUCUGCCUCGCCUCUCCCGCUCCGAGCGCCAGCAGCCCUCCAUCUCCCUCCCCAUUUCCUGCUCCCCCAACAUCCACCGCGGCUCUCUCACCGACCCCACCGACGCAAUCUUAUCCACCUGCUCCGCCUCCAUCGCGACCUCUGAGCCCAAACCUUCCUUUUCCACCUACUCCGACUCCCUCCCCUCCCUCGCCUCCCUGGACACCUUCACCUUCGACCUGGGCCCCUCCCUCAUGAGCGAGGUGUUCGGCCUGAUCGACGGCCACUCGGAGGAGCACGUCCACCACGCCUGGGAGGGAGAAGAGGCGGGGUCGGCGUGCGGGUUGACCAACGAGGGUUCGGAGAUGGACUCGGCCACUAUCUCGUACGUGGAUUCCCUGCUGAGGGAGGACUGCGGCGGCAGGAAGAGCCCGCACGGUGCCGAGUGGGAGGAAGAGGAGGAGGCGAACGGAGUCGGGCUUUCUGUUAAAGCACCUGACGUGGUGAUGGGGUCUCCCGAGCGAGCGAGGUUGGGGAUGGAGAGCGAGCGGUUCCAGAGCGCUACAGAUGUGCUUGCACGCCACUACGGCGUCAGCCACUUAAAGGGACAGAGCAGGGUGGAGGUCGCAGAUUCAGAGAUGAUGAUCAUCAGCCAGAAGAACAAAAUGACCUACAGUUACAUGGAAGACGAGGAUGAAAUUAAAGUCUGAGCUGAGAUAUUUUGACACCAAAAGACUGUCUCUGAUGUAUGAUAUAUAAAACCAAUCAAAUCAAUCAUCUAAAAUCUUUUUUUGCGUCAACGAGGCUGGCUCUUUUGACAGGAUGACAGUGAAAACUACAACUCUUCAUAUUGGAUCUUUUACUUUUAUACAAUCGUGCUUCAAGGACGUACAGUUUUGAUGCAAAACUGUUGCUGAAUGUAUCUAAAAAGGAGUGAAAGACUUGAUGCUGCACGUUUCCAAGCCCAGCGCAGAGAAGGAGGAUUUCAAAAGACUUAAAAAGGACUGAAACAAAGAGGAGGAAAGCGAGGAUGUGCCAGAGAAUGUAGAUAUUAAGAAGGUCUGAAAGGAAAUGCCAACAUUACACAAUGUAGAAGUUACAAAGCCCGUCAUUCACUUUAUAUUUUUCACACUUCCUCACACACGAGGGGAAAAGAUUCUCUGUCACUAAAUGAGAGAGGAAGUGGUGAUCAGAAAAAUAGAUCAUCUUAUUACAACCUCACUACAUUCUCCUGUCAUUUCACUCAGGAAUACACUACCAGGAAACAAACAAAGGGAAGGGAAAUAAGACAUCUGGAACCUCAGGCCUUGUUAGAUAAACCAAACAUCUCAGUUAUUAAACUAAACGGACUGAGGGGAUGUGACAAGUAAGACUGGUAUUUGCUAGUUACCAUAUAUUUGCUCAUUUUAUGCUGCAGAUAUAGAGACUCCGUGCACCUUUUAUGAUUAUGAAGACCGACUCCUGUAUUGCUUUUUAAAGAAUUGUCAUUUAUAUGUUCUUUUAUACGACUGUACAUACAGAUAUUAACUGACCUCCUAUAGAUGUGUACUUACAGUAUGAGCACCUGCAGUACGUAGUGCAAUUCACAUCCAUAUGCUGCAGUCAAUACCAAUGAUAUAUUAUGAUGAUGAUAUAAAUUGACAAUAAAGAUGUUUCUAAUUAG